CUAUUUUAUUAACUAUUGUGAACAUAUUGUGAAUCGUUGCAGAAAGGGUCUUAAUUUGAAUCUCUAAUUAAAAUAUGAAAAAUGUCACUACAAAGUGUUGAUUUUUCAGAAAUAUCUAAAAAAAUAUAUAAAAAUCACAAUGAGCACGAAAAAAACAUCAAAGAGCAUAGGGUUAAAACUUCAAUUAUGAACCUGUCAGACUUUUACGACGCUUAUCAGCGUGAAGUUAAGGAAAUUAAUUCGGAAAUAACACCCUCGAAAGACAAUCCAUCAGUGUCGGACUUUGCAGAUAUAUUUAAAGCAUUCGAAGAGUACCCUUCCAACUUAAGUAAACCUAAACGCAUGCCAACAAAAGAACAACAACAGCGUAUGAAUUGCACCAUGGCGAGAGACAUGUCCAUAAUGAUUAACUCACGUGAACAAUCCCCAUCUAUGACUUCUCUACAAAAUAUUAUGCGCAACGCAGCGGAACUACCCUCGGCUUCAGAGAUCUAUAAUGACUUUAAGAAGUUCCAACAGAAACUUGCACAAUUUUUACAAGAAACACAGCAACAAGAAUGCGCCAAGUCGUAUGAAAAGAAAUUGGACCAAUUAUGUGCAUUCGGUAAGCAAUUGGAGAAACUAUGCCCAACUGUGAAUAAUACUGAGCAAGCUUUCACAUCCGAGGAGGAAGCCAAGCUACAAACUAUACUCGCUAACCUAGAAGAACUUAAUUACAUACGUGAAAAUCAGGAAAUAUUUACAAAUGGUACGCCAACAGUAAGCACACAGUCAGCACGCACAGAAAGUUUUAUGAAUUUAAUCACAUAUUUAUUAAACACCGUUUCCAACAUGUAAAUACUUUUUAUAAUAUAAAAUACACAGAUAAAUUAUUGA